CUGAAUGAAAGGUAUGCUAAAUUGCAGUCUGACAUUGCUGAGGUCGAGGAACGUGGUGAACUGGCACUCCGAGAUGCUAAGCAAAAACUGCAUGACUUGGAAUGCGCCUUGGCGAAAGACAAGGAAGAACUGGCUCGCCUCUUGAAAGAGUACCAACAACUGCUGAACAUCAAGCUUGGUCUGGACAUCGAAAUUGCCAUGUACAGGAAACUUCUGGAAGGAGAAGAGAGCAGGCUCUGUGGCUCAGGAUCCCAAGUUCAUGUCUCUGUGCGGGGUGGCAGCUAUGGUGGCGGCAUUGGAGGUGGCAUCGGUGGCGGCAUCGGUGGUGGCGUUGGAGAUGGCAUUUGUGGCGGCAUUGGAAGUGGUGUUGUUGGUGGCAUUGGCGGAGGCAGCUGUGGCUACGGAAGUGGUGGCAUUAUAAGUGGUGGAGGGGCUGGCGGCUCUGUCUGUGGAGGAGGAGGUGGAUUCUCUCACGGCUUAGGAAGUGGUUCCAGCACGAUCAUCCGAAGAACCACCACAUCCAGCUCGUGCACCAAAUCAAGCGGAAGAUAUUAG